UUUGUUGCCAGCUGCAACACUGGUUGUAGAUGCCAGAACAGUCGAUUCUUUCGAUUUGAUCUAUAGCGUAUUUUGCAACACCAGCCAGGCCAAGCCAUUUCGUGAUUUUUGUUUUUAAAUGAAUUAUGUUUGUUCUAACGAAAGAUGAUGAGAAGUUCGUGUUGUUGCCCAAUAAACCCGUCUACACCGUCGGUCGCUUGUUAACCGAUUUGAUCCUGCUGGAGGACCUCAGCAUCAGUCGCACUCAUGCCCGCUUGCACCUGCCGCGUGAGAGGGAUGGGGUGCUUCAAAUAGAAGAUAUAGGCUCCAAGUACGGCACCUUCCUCAACAACGACAUUGCCAGAAACAAGAAAAUGCCACCAAACACACUGACGCCACUGCCAGUCGGGUUUAAGGUGCGCUUUGGCGGCAGCCGCAACAUUUGGCAGGUAACUCAGAUGAAACUGGUGAGCGCUGUAUCUGCGUUGUCCAACGAUCAAGUGAAGGAGCUGGGCAUGCUCCUGGCAGCCAUGGGCGGCUCUUUGUGUUUAAACUGGGGAGACGCCGACGAGUGCACGCAUCUGACGAUGAACGAGGCCACAGUGACCGUGAAGCUGCUGCACGCCCUCCUGGAGAACAAACCCAUUGUAACCUUUGAAUAUUGGCGCAAGCUGCUAGCGGCAGCCCAAGGCAUACACGUGCGUGAAGACUGGCCACAGCCCGAAGACUACCAACCCACAAACAUGGACCUCAGUUGGCGUCCCGAGCGCACCACUUUGUUUGCAAAGAAAACUUUUGUCUUUAUGAAUCGGCGGCACUUUGAGAUCUACGGCGCAGUUGUGCGCAAGGCAGGCGCACUGUGCAAGGAUCUCCAUUCGGGUGUACGCAAAACAUUUCUCACCAAAAAGGAUGUCAUCGUGAUACAAUAUGUGCCCUCAACGCAGUCCCAGUCAACGGAGACUAUCAACAGCAUUCAGGACAUCCUGGAACAGGCUGGACUCCGCAUCAUUCAAGAGUAUGAGAUCGGCAUGGCACUGCUGCGCUGCUCCACCAAAGAAUUUUGCAAUCCUUCGCACAAGCUCAUCAGCGAUUCGAUGCCCACCACAGAGUCCAUGACUUCGUCAUUCAAUUGCUCCAUUCUGGCGCCAAACACGGAGGAGCGCAGCGAGACCAAUCCGUCUGCUCUUCCUAUCUCGGAACUGUUCGUGCCCGAGUCGAAUGUGUAUAAGUUGGAACCGGAAAGCGCUAAGCCCGAAACAGAGCCGCAAGCGCCUCAAAGCAGACGUCAGAAACGGGGUCGCCCCAUCAUCGUAGACUCCUCGGAUGAGGAGCAAGAGGCAAGCAAAAAGAAGAAAUCGUUGGAGGUGCCCGCAGUGAAGCCAAAGCCUUGGAACAAAAAUGCCAUACUGGUGGACUCCUCCGAUGAGGAACAAACAGAAAAGCCAAAGGAAGACAAGCCCAAAGCCAACACAAGGCAGUCGACACGCGGCAAAGCGAACACGGUAAAUGUAUCGAAACCAGAACCUGCCAGACGUUCGACGAGAAAUGCAACAAAGCCAACUCCAGCUGUGGCCGCUGCUUCAGAUAGCGAGGACGACGACUCGGCGCUCUUUCAAUUUACGGAAAAACCGCAAGAGCAACAACCUCCAAAGCCAGCCGAAACGAGCGCCAAACCGCCAGCCAAAAUUCGUGUCAUCAAUUUUCUGGAAAAAACACAGCCGCAAGCGAGUGUCCCCGCACCGUCGCAGUUGCAGCCGCAGCCCCGCAAGCGUUUGCGCCUGAAGCUAUUGAACGAAAGCGACAGCGAUGACUGCGACAAUUUGUUUAACUUUGACAGCGACAGCAAGAAGCAAAAGAAGGCAGACGCAGAGCACACAAACGAAGACUCCAACGAUGGGUUGUUCAACUUUCAAACACACAAUCGGAACGACUCAGAGGAUCAAAAUGAGGACGAUGUGCUGACGGAGCCCUUUCUGACCAAUGAGACGAAGCGACCGCAGUCCAAGUACGUUGUGUUUCCACGUAAAGCGCUGCCACGCAAGAUCGAUACCAGUGGCUGGCUAUCAUGUAGCAGGCUACAUAAUGAGACCAAAGCUGAGGCGAAUCUAAGCGGGCAAAUGGAGAGCUCAUCCCCAGCAGGCGAUGACAUUGCUCUCGAACAUUCCAUCAAAGAAGAGACGCACACAAAGUGGCUGGCUUCCAUUCAGCACAGCAUUCAGGUGCGUCCCUUUGAGGCACCGCCCUCUCUGAGCGGCCGCAAGAACUUUAAGAAGUUCGUCAAGCAAAAAGUUGUGCAUUAUCACCGCGAAAGUGUGAGCCUACAGCGCCUGCAGCUGGCCGACGGCAUUGUCUCGUCUGCCUAGGAGCACACAUCUUUUGCUUUGGUUUUCUCUUUGUAUUAUAAUUUACUAACAAUAAACUUGCGAAAUAUGUUCAAA